AUGAGAACAUUCAAUGAUUCUAAUUAACGACGUCCCUUAGAUGCCAAUUUCGAUUUGAAAUCAUAUCGUUCUCAUGUGAAAGACAGAUUGAAUUUGAGUUUGAAUAAUGAUUUGAAUUAAUCAGUCUUCAAUUCUGUGAAAAAGGACAAUCGUUAAGGAGUACCAUCUUUUGACAAUUUACAAGCAAGAAUUCGAGAUUUGUCUUAAUCUCGUUUGACAAUUUUAAAUUAUAAUUCUAACGAUGAUUUUACUCCUCAGAAGAAUCUGUACUCUCCACAUAGAGCAUAUGGAAUGAAAUAAAUAAUUUCAAACAAUUUAGGCUAGAAUUUAAUGAGCAAUUCAAUUGAAAAGCAAUCUCAAAAUUCGAAAUCUCAAUCUUCACAAAAGAAGAUAUUUUAAAGACCAAGUGAUACUCUAUAAUUGCCAUUAAAAGGAUCAUAGAGAAAACAAGGAAGACUUUUGUCUGAUGCAGUAUAAUUAAAUGAAAUAGUGGCAUUGCGAAAUAAGAUUGAGUCAUCAGUAGUUAGUAGAUCAUCAUUGACUUCGACUUAUGUAAGUGAGUUAGUGAAAUUGGCUUAAGCUAUCACCACAUCUCUAAAACAAGAAUGA